AAUGGCUGAAGAUAACACCAUUGACAUCGAGGGAGACUUUUCGCUCGAUUCUACAACCUUCAGCGAAAGUUCAUCUAUCCUCCAAAAUGAGUUCAAGCCAUUGUGGAUCCUUGACCCUGACAUGUCCGCAGAGCAACGCAAUGAGAUCGAACGAAUUCUCCUGGAAGACAGCAACUCGUCUCAUCGUUGUUCAUUUCUCGACUCGCCCUCUGGCAGAUCGUGCUGGAGUCCUGAAGAGGAAGAAACUCUCCUUCGACUAUUGGACGAGCACGGCGAGAAAUGGACGAAGAUCGCGAAGGAGUUGAACCGGAGCGGGCUAGAAGUGAAAGUGCACGCGAAGAAAAUCAUUUCGCUCUCGGGUCGGCAGACGUCCCGGAGGAACGAUAUACGCGGUAGGAAAAUGGUGAAGCGACGAAACACGUCUGUGGCCUUGACAUUCGAAGAGGGACCUUCAGUUUCAAGAAAAGGCUCAGAACUACAGAAUGCAGGCGAAUUAGUGACCAUCCGUAAGAGCGCCGAUGACGAGGACGAAGAGAUUCAGGUCGACGAUGGUGAUGAUCCGGUGCAGAAGCGGACCGCUGCGCCGUCCGGAAGACCACUCAGUAAAUCCAAAAUCGACAUAGAGAAACUGGUCUCUGUGAACACUAAUGCUUUCAGACGGAUGCCCUGUGCAGCAGCGAGCGCUUCGACGUCGAGAACUCAAGUUCCGAACGCGGAGCUACUCCUCGACCCAUACCGAAUCCUCCCGUUUGAGCAAGAAGCCAACCCUGACUACUUUAACGGAAAGAGCGCACAAAAAAACCCAGACCGCUAUCUUAGAAUCAGGAAUCACAUCCUAGUACAAUGGAGGAAGCAGAAACCGAAUUACCUGAACAAAACGACGUCAAGAAUAGGUUUGAAGAAUUGUGGUGACGUUAAUUGCAUCGGUUUGAUCCACGACUACUUGGAGAAGAUCGGUGCCAUAAACUUUGGAUGUGAAAAACCUACGAACAAAGAAGAUAAGCGAGGAACAAUUAAAUCACCUCCGGCACCGCCGAACACUCGGAAGCGCAGGAAAGUCAAUCCGUCGUUCGUCAGCCAAGCUGACAUACAAAUCGGCGGAUGUACGAUGGAGCACGAUAGCGUCACCGGAGAAGUUAUAUCCAAGACAUUGAUAACGAAGGAGGCUCAGGGUGAACGUUCCUCGAACUCAAGACCGGCGCACCCUUUGAAGCUCGUGACUUGUCUGCGCUACGACGGGGGCUGUCAACCAUUCAACGUUGAAGUUCAUGCUUCAUCGCUUCUCGUCGCUCAAGCGCACGCUCACCAAUCCACGUCCGAAGUGAUGGGCUUGCUUGGGGGACACCAUCAAGAAGGCCAUCUGCGCGUGAUAGCAGCCCUCCCGACGAAAGCUGUGGCCAGUGGCCAGGAGUGCGACAUGGACCCAGUCAGUCAGUGGGAGGCUCUCGAGACGUUGCGUGGAUGGGGUUUGGAUGUAGUAGGAUGGUACCAUUCUCAUCCGAACUUCGCGCCGCAACCAUCGAUGCGAGACCUCACUUCGCAAGUGGAUAUGCAAGAUAUGUUCACAGGGGCCGGCGCUCCGUUCGUGGCUCUAAUUAUAAGUCCGUACCACAGGACCGAUAAGAUGGCGAAUCGGCUUAGCGCUUGCAUGACCUGUUUCGUAGUUGAGAAGCAUCACAUCACUGCCGAAUAUUGCCCAUUCUCACUGAAGCCACGGAUAGUACGCGGCGAAGCCUCGGUUGGACCACCGCUGGAAACGGUGUUGGAGCUCAUACGGAACCUCCGAGAGUCAACGGGUGAUCUUGUUGAACUGGAUGAGAGAUUCAACGAUGAAUGGACGUACAAGGAGAAGAUGUUAGCAAUGCUACAACUAUGUUUGAUGAAGGCCAGGUACAAUCAAGCGGAGACAGCCACUCUGCUGAAUCGUAUUCAUGCGAUGUUCCCCUCGAAAUGAGAAAUAGUGGGACGGAGCCGGGACGUGGAGUCGCGCUUCAUGUGCACAAAGCAGCUCAGUGUCACUCGACCCGAUCGACGAUGUUUUUCCCUCAUUGAGCAAAUUGUUAAAUUCCUGAAUGCUGUAAUAAAACACAACCUCAAAGAAUGUUCCGGUA